AACACGUUUGUGAGCGUACUCCAUUCAAAAGGUUUGCUGGGUGCCGCGGCACCCUUCGGAAACAGUUAAAUUUAGUCGUCAGUCACGGCUGUUUAAAACUCAAAGCUUCCAUAAGUCUCACAUUUGAAGACCAGUACCUGCCGUUAAUACUAGGAGUCUGUGAAAAUGUCCAUCGGAGUACCUAUUAAAGUCCUGCACGAAGCAGAGGGCCACAUAGUCACGUGCGAGACCAACACCGGGGAGGUGUACAGAGGAAAACUCAUUGAGGCUGAAGACAACAUGAACUGCCAGAUGGCCAACAUCACUGUGACGUACAGGGAUGGCCGGGUGUCUCAGCUGGAGCAGGUUUACAUCCGCGGCAGCAAGAUCCGCUUCCUGAUCUUGCCAGACAUGCUGAAAAACGCACCCAUGCUGAAAAGCAUGAAGAACAAAAACCAGGGAUCUGGUGCCGGUAGAGGGAAGGCAGCCAUCCUUAAAGCCCAGGUGGCUGCAAGAGGACGUGGACGUGGAGGGAUUGGACGGGGAAAUAUUUUCCAGAAAAGGCGAUAAUUACACAGUAUAGGUCCCCUUUCCCUCUUUAAACACCUGAUUUGUAGUUUAAUUGUGAAAAUGGUGGUUCUUUCAUACUUUGUAGUUGAAAUUUCUUGUUCAUAAUAAAAUUCCUUUUAGUA